AUGAAGCCCACCUUUUCAACAAUAAUAACACUCUUCUUCUUCCUUUUCACCUUCUCCACAAAAACACCACAGGCAGCGGCAGCCACGCCGGAACCCGUGCUUGAUAUCUCCGGCGAAAAGCUCAAAGCCGGUGAGAGCUAUUUCGUCUUGCCGGCAGGCAGAGGAAGAGGCGGCGGUCUUACUUUCGGCACCUUCGGAGACUCUUGCCCUCGUGUGGUUGUGCAGGAAAGGUUUGAAACCUCCAAAGGCGAGCCAGUACAGUUCUUGCCUGCAAACCCUAAAAACCACGUCAUCUUCACCUCCAGAAACCUCAAUGUCCAGUUCUCUCGCAGAACAACUUCAGCUUGUGACGAAUCCCGGGUAUGGAAACUAACAAAGUUCAUAAGUGAAGCAAUGAAUGUGGGAAUUAAUGGCAUUGCAGGGAACCAAGACUUCAGUACCAUAUCUAACUGGUUUAUGAUUGAGAAAGCAGAAUUUGAGGGUGUUUAUAAACUCAAGUUUUGCCCUAAGGAAGGUGUGGUUACGUGUGAGGAUCUUGGGGUAUUUUCUGCAAAUGGUGAUGGUAAAAGGUAUGUAGGUCUUGCAAAUCCUGGUCAAUUUCAACAACUCAGAGUUGUGUUCCAGAAAGCUCAAGCCAAUGAAGAAGGUGAUAUUGCAAUGAGCACUUAGAUGGCAAGUUUCAUCACCAACUUCUAAGCUUAAGCAUCAAUGUAAUAAUAAUGAGAAUAAGAACUAUCAUGUAACAAAUAUGUUGAUGAUGAAAUGAG